AUGUAUCAGCUUUGGUACAGCUCUCAUUUUAGAAGCUCUUCUGUGCAAUGUGAAAAAUGUCAGAAGAAUGAAGCAAAGUAUGGGAAGCCAACGACAUGCAAAUUCUGUCAACUUCCUGCCGCUUUUCAUGAAGAAAAAUGCGUUUAUUGUUCCCAUUCGGAGCGAAAAUUUGGUGCUCCAGUACCCUGUGCGAACUGUAAACUGCGUGCCGCUUUCACAAAAGAUCCAAAAAAGUUGAAACCAACACUAUGUAGAAUGUGUGUGAUUCAAGCACGUGCAAAUAAGCAGACAAACCUUGCUGGUGUUGCAAUCUCAUCCCAUGAUCACUACUCCGGUCACAAGCGAAGGCGGGAAGAAAAGAAAAAGACUGAGCCAGCAAAAGUACCGAAACGAGAUCCGUUCGCUGAUUCGGGUGAAAAUGUUUUGCUUGUUCAACAACUUCGAGAUCAAAUCUCAAAACUAAAUUCAGUCGUCGCUCAAAAAGAUGCCGCUAUGUUAGAGAAAGACAAAAAGAUAGCGGCCUUACAAGCGGAUCUGAUGAGCGCCGAAAGAAAACAUCGAGAAAAGGUCGACCAACUACUAAGAGAAAAGGAUGAGGCCAUUCAAAAAGUUAUUGAGAGGCAUCGACAAGCUUCUAAGCAGUCGUCGAAACGUUAG